AUGAAGCUAGCAAGGUAUGAUUCUGCGUCAAAUGAACUUCCUUUAAUGUCAAAUUUUGACAUUUCUAGUGAUAAGGAGACACUUUCUUCUGGAUCCUGGGAAAACGCACUUAUUUCAGAACUCGAACAUUUAAGAGUCUCGGAGGCUAAAACAUACCAGAACAACAAAGCAUUAGAAGUUCAUCAUGACAUGUAUUCGAUGGAGAAAAGAGCUAUAGUUUCAGUUGAUACUCCGAAAGGAGGAAGAUACUUAUCUGAUGUAACUAGAAGGGAGAUAGUAUCGGUUGAACAAGAUUGUGGCCUUGGCAAGAGGAAUAAAAAACCAUUCGAUUAUCUUCAAAUUGUUUUAAACGCCAUGUUGGAGGAGAAACACAUUUUGAAACGAAGUCUUGAUGAACUAUUUGAUGACAUGAAAAUUGCGCUCGAGUGUAUAAAUCAAUCAACUGCUUGCAAAUCUGAUAUAACCCAAAAGUCAACGCAUCCUGGAGAAUCUGAUUCUUUUCAUGUUAAAGGUUUCAGUGGUUUUAUUGAAGCAAUUCAUAGAAUCAUCAAGCUCAUUGAAGGAAUUGCUCCAAACUCUUUUAUAUGCAACAAUGAUCCAGAUUGCUUGGAAGAGAAGCAAAAUUUAGACGUAUCGUCUCAAUCACCUAAAUCCAAAUAUUACUUUGUUCAUGUUUUACGGAAGGGAGAGCUGAUUUCGAAAACUUUGUCGAGGAAGUUGCAUUUGCUUUGGAAUGGAGCAUUAACAAUUGUGCUAACACCACAGAUGCUUCAAAUUGCAAGGGAUAAGCUAAAGAAGCACUUAAACUCUUUUCUAUCAGUAAAUGAAAAUCAAAACGAUGUUGAUGAUAAACAAUCAUUCCGCACACCUUCAGUUGCAUAUCCAGCUGAUCGGUCUGAUGAGAGUAGUCAGUAUGAUUUCGUUGAAGAAAAUAGAAAAUUAAAAGAUGAUUUGGCAAAUACAAAAUCGGCAAAGAAAGACUUGUAA